AUGUCGCCCGCGUCGCCCCUCGACGCGGACGUGCAGCUCCCAAUGCUUGCAGGAGUCUAUGGAGACGUCGACUCAAUCCCGCAUCUCGAACUCCUCGCUCGCUGCCCGGCUGCGCACGUCUGCUUCGGAGGCCGCAAUACAGGCACAACAAGGGGGAAACGCCCACACGAGUACCAGUCUGGCCUCAACUCAUUCCCAUCAUCAGCACCUUCGACUCUAUCCAACAUGCCCAUCCUUUACGAGCCUUUGCAACUGUUAACUGCGGCAGAUUUGUCCUCUAUUUCUUGUCUGGCUUACAACCAAGACGGCUCCUUUCUAGCCACAGCCGAAGAAAAAGGGCAAAUUUGUAUUUGGAGUAUGCAACUGGGGACCCCCGAAUACUGCUGGCGUAUCGGUCGCUCCGUAAUGUGCGCUGUAUGGGUCACACCUCACGUCAUAUUCUGCGGUCUCGAAGACGGCUACAUUGUGUCCCUUGAAGUUAAUUCGAGUAAGGGUGAGCUCGUUGCUCGAGGUAGCUGGGCACAUGAGUUCUACGUCGCUCAUCUCGCGACCUGUCCGAAGCUUCUUGCCUCUGCUGCUCACGAUAAUUUAACAAUAUGGAAACUGGAAGAAGAUCAUACCAUUACCUUCAUCAAUGAAAUUGUGCCACCACACUCUCAGCAUUCAUACACACAGCAUGCAGAGACAGAAUGCUUGAGCGAGGUCCUCUUGCAGGACUAUACCCCAGGAGUCAUCACGGGGCUUGCUUGGGACCUUCAUCACCCGGCUGUGAGGCAUCUCAUAGCGGCGUAUCUCGGAUACGGCAUUGUUGCCAAAAUGGUGGUUUCACCGACCUGCGCCUCAGCCGCGACUAGUAUCAUUGGAUCCGUGGAAUUCGGUCCUGGUAAUAUCAAAGAUAAUUUUCCAACGCCUAUGGCUUGGAUUCACGGUGGGCACGGCGUCAUCAUAGGAGCCAGCGCAGGACAAAUAGACGCCUGGGACAUCACCACGGACCCAGCGAAGAGGUUCAAGACCUUAAAACACGGUGGGUGGUGGCACUUUCGGUAA